AUGUUUUCACAGUAAUUAGAUUAAUCAAACUCUCAAAAUUCUUCAUAAUAAUCAUAGACCUUUUUGACAGUUCCUCGUCUCAUUCAAUAGGAAUCUCCAGCUUAUCUUAUUGGAGCCCAUAAAUAAAUAGAUUUCGAAGAUCCCAAUUCAUUGUAAAAAAGCGAACAUAGGGAAAGUCUUGAAGAAGGCGAUAUUUUAGGAUCGAAAAUCUCCAUCGAGAAACGUGAAAUCAAUAGGAUUGAUGAAGUCGAAUAAAAUUAUAAAUCAUUAAAACUAUUUCAAAUCGAAAUGUAAAAUGUCAGCGGCAGGAAGCUCAUGAUAAAUACCAGAAAAAUUAGUGAUCAAAGUGAAAUUGGAAUUCAAAAGCAAACUGAAUAAAUCAGAAAACCAUCAUCACCAACUAUUAGAAUCCAAGAGUGUCCCUUAUAUGAAUAAUUUACUGUGGCUAAAUGGCCUAAAAGAUGGUUCUACAUCAUUAAGUUUUUAAGUAAGUUGAUGUCCGUUUAACCAAAAAUCCUUAAACAAUCUCAUUUAAUGCUAAUUGAUGAUAAGGCUUUUGUCAUAAAUCAUAAGAUAUUUCUUUUUAACCCAUUUUCUCCAUUCAUCGUUUGGAGUCGCUAUAUUAUUCUAAUAUUAUACAUCUUGGGAUUUGCACUUGUCUACUUAGAAUUCGCUUUUGCUGCGACCAAUAGUAUCUUUAUUAUUUUUUUUGGAUUCACAAUUAUAGAAACGCUGAGCAAUUACUUUAUAGGAGUUUACAUCCAAGAACUUUACACAGAAAAUAGAUGGCAAAUAGCAAAGUAAUAUUUAAUCUAUGACAUUUUUCAUAUCAUAAUUUGUCUUCUUACACUCUUUUACUCAUAAUAUUUCAUCAUAUUUCUAUUACUUAGAAUAUAAAGGUUAUAUGUUAUUAAAACUAAUAUUUUGAAUUACACGAUUCCAAUUUUGAUAAUACAUAUUAGUAAAUUUUAAUAGAUAAUUAGAUUCUUAGAUGAUAACUAUCUAUCUAAAUAUAUAAUUUCCUUACAAUGGACAAUAUAUUAGAUCACAAAUAGUGGCAAUACCAUUGAAAUUGAAGGUUCUGAUUAGUCAAUACAAUUAUAGAUUUUAUCUAUUUUAACUACCAUUUUUGGUUACCUUAUUACAAUCUAUUUGAUAACAAAUGUGAUUAAUUUUGGAAAACAGUCUCAUAAAUACAAAGUGAGUGCUGAACUGAAUGAGAAUGUAUAAAGAUAUCUUCAUCGAGAUAAAAUUGAAUUAAUCAACAUUCAUGAAUUCUAACAAGAAUUGAAACAAGAACUACGAGAAGAACUCUUCAUGCCAUUAUUGAAUAAAUUACCUUUUUCUAAAUAAUUUUUAUAAAAUCUAUGUUAGAAACUCAAAAGUGAUGUUUAUUCAAAUGGAACAAUUUUGUAAAUGUAAAAUCAAAUGAUGGAUAGAUUAAUAUUUCUAAUGAAAGGGAAUGUGGCUUAAUGUAUAGGUAAUAAAGUAUUAGCCAAUAAUUAAAUACCAAUUCAAUAUUUUUAUUGCCAGAUGUAAUGUCCAAUUCAAUUAAAAUGUUUGAGUGAAUCCUUGAUAGCAUACAUAGAUUUAAAUGAAUUUUUACAGUUGAUUAAAUUGUUUAAUUCUGAUUUUCAAAAGUAUUGCAUGUUGAAAGAUAACUACAAGAUUGCUUGUCAUUGUUGUGGCUAUAGAAAUCACACUUUCCAUCGAUGCAAUCACGUAUUUUAUGUACCAAAUUUUAAAGAACUCAUACUGUUAAACAACACUUCUGAACCCAAUAAUAGAAUGGGUUUUUGUAGAGACAAUGGUAGAAAUAGGAUUAAUGCUCUGAUGAACAAAAAUCUUAUUUGUAUCACCGCGAUUAGUUUUGCCAUAAUCAAUUAGAUAGCUUUGGAAGUUGAUUUAACAAAUGAAGUAAUGGGAAGAUUCCAAGGAACUCUAAAUAAUUUUGAAGAUUCUAUAUUGAAUGACUAUUAGGAGGAUAAGUCAUCUCGGUAGUCAAUGUAAUAGAAAAUUGGAACUUUUGAUGUUCAUAAAAGCUAUAAUUAGGGAGAUAGUUAUAGCAGUCAGACUUACUUUUAGAGCAGCAUUCCAGUUUUGAAAGUGGAGGAGAGGGAAGCAUCUCAGAAUAGUCGGAGAUAUAUACAUAAACAUGUGGAUUAUAGUGCUACAAAUAAUUCGAUUAAGGCGAAUUUGGUUAAGUCAUCGAAUUCAAAUGAAUUGUAGGUCAAGCGAACUCAGAAGGUUAAAAAAUCGAAUUCAAGUUGUUCUUUAAACAAGAAAUCGGGAUUGGGAGGGUCAGGAAUAUCUUAAGUAGGUUCAAUAAUUCCAUAAUAGGAUGUUUAUGAGGACGAUUUGGAUCAAGUGUGCAAUUAUGAGUAUUAUUAUCCUUCAUAUAAUAUCGAAUAUAUAGCAAAUGCUUUAAAUCAUAAAUUAAUGAGCAAAUACCUGCAGUUUGUCAAUUGA